AUGACAGAAAAGCCGCAGCCGCUGUCCACGCAGCUCGCGACUCCUAGUCAGACCCUCUUCGCUCCCCCGAGCGUCCCAGUCUCAACACACCCUGUCCCACGCAAGGCCGAGACCGUAGAGGAAGAAGAGCCGUACACCAUCAAGUGUAUUUGCAACUUCUCUGAUGAUGAUGGAAACACGAUUUACUGCGAGACGUGCGACACAUGGCAGCACAUCGAGUGCUUCUACCCAAACAGCCGCGAGGAGGCUCUUCGUGAGGACUUCGCCCAUUCGUGUGCUGACUGCAAGCCACGCCCGCUCGACAGACAAAAGGCCAUCGAGCGAACCCGUCGACUCAAGAACGGCGGCGUUUCGGCCGAAACACCAGACAAGAAGGCCAAACGUCUCACUACCAAGAGUCACAAGAAGAAGCAAAAGCCCAACGAGUUGCAAUUGAAUGGCCACCCUACGGGCCAGGAGAACGCAAAGCACGGCAGUCCGAGCGACCACCCUCACCCGCCAAAGAAAGCGAAAUCAUCACACCGUCCUUCCCAUUCGAUCAGCUCACAGAACGCGAAGCGGAGCCCGUCGUACGGAAACGGUCGUCCUCAACCCAACGGACAUCCUCCAAGUCCCGCAACUACUCCCCCUGAUCUUCCAAGCGACUUUGAAAUACACAACUAUUCUGACGGUUUCCUUUCCCUGAUCAAGGAGCAAGACGCUGCCCCCAUCGUCCAAACAAACUCCUUUGCCAGCCUGACCAUCUCAAACACCAUGUCUUUGUGGCUUCGCGAACCCGAGCGGAUGAGACAAGAGACGGGCGAGGAAUUCAAGGACGUUUUCGCCAAGCUUCCAGCUGACAUCGACUCGAGGAAACGUCCACUUCACGUUGAAAGCAAGAAGCUCCCUCUUGGUCCUGACACGGUCGUCCCUUGGCAAUACCUGGCGACGCCGGCAGCUAUCGAGAAGGAUGUCCCCCUGAUUGAACUUAACGGUCAAAUCGGUUUUCAGAAGGAUUACUGCGCAGACCCUGCCAAUCUGUGGGAAGAACUCUCCUCGCCAAUUCCCUUUGUCUUCUUCCACCCCAUGCUGCCAUUAUACAUCGACACCAGGAGAGAAGGAUCGCUGGCCCGGUUCGUCCGGAGGAGCUGCAAGCCCAACGCAGUUUUGGACACGUAUCUGAACGGUCAGUCAGAAUACCACUUCUGGCUUGUGAGCGACCGCUACAUCGCUGCGAACGAACAAAUUACCCUACCUUGGGACUUCAGGCUGCCCAAGACGGAAAAGGCACGCAUACUCCACCUGCUCGGUCUCGGCGACGACGACGCCCGCGGUCACGACGAACCUGACAUGACCGAGGCUGAGUACCAACGGAUAUCCGGAUGGGUCCAUCGAAUUCUAUCAGAGUAUGGUGGAUGUGCCUGCGACUUGGGUGCCAACUGUGCUUUCGCCCGCUUCCAUCGCCAUUACCAAGCCAAGAUGCAGGCUCGGCCCCAGAAGAAGAAGAGGAAGGCUAAGACUCAUACCAUUUCACCAACAAGUACCGGGCACGCCACAAAUAGUCGGGCCGCUAGUGAAGGCCAUCAAGACGACCCGGAUGCCGAUGGUCGAUCUAUUUCAGAGCGCAGCAAACCACCGAGCCGAGACCGAACGCCCGCGCGACAAGGCUCGCUGGAUCAACCGGGCAUACUGACCGAACCUACCGAUAGGGAUAAGAGAAAAGUCCAGAUGGUCGAGGACUCAUUCCGUCGGCUGGAACAACAACCUCCGCGAAAGAAGAAGCGUACUUCCGACGGUACCGGCUCGUCCAAGUCGAAGCCCAAGCCGUCAACCAGCAAUGCCUCGACGGGCACCGGCAACUACGUGGACGCCGGCACAUCCAGGAGCAAGUCCAACUCACCCAGUGGAGGCGCCUCACCACCAGCACAGAACCCGUUCAAGGCGCCCGCCUCUCGCACAGGGUCUGUCGCAGCACAAUCGCAGCGGGAGUCAUCGGCCCCUCGCCCUGUCUACUGUGACGCUGGUGUCCAAACCGAUCCUGUGGAGGGAGAAUGGUACAGCGAACCAGCUCAGACGCCGAAGCCUCGUCGCCGAAUCAUCUCUUUGUCCCAGCGUCUGCUGAACAACCGUCACCGAUUGCGGUGCGAUGAGGCCGAGAGGCGUAAGUCGCUUCCAACGCUAGCUGUUCCGUGUCCCUCAUCCACCCCCAUGGACGUCGAUUCUCCGGAACCAAAGGCCUCCAUAGGCUCGCCGACACCUUCCAAGGACGCCAGCGAGCAGGGGCCCAACAGUUCUCCCAUUGCACCAUCGACGACUGAUGUGGCAAUGACGGACGCUCCGACGAGUUCGCCCACUACUGCAAAGUCUCCUGUCCCCAACGAGCUCACCGUUGACACCGCUGUUAAUGGUGCCAGCAGUCCGUUGAAGACAAAAUCACCCGAACUUCGAGUACAAAUGCCACCUGUACCGGCGUUCAAUGGGCCGACCGCGGGCACGCCCAGCGCGACGACGCCGUCCUCAGCCACCACGACGGUUCAGUCACCGUUUUCUACGGGUAACCUUACGAGCCCGUUCGCGCCCCCGGCUGUGAACGGUGUCGCGGCGCACCCUAGCCCUGUGAAGAAGAAGUUGAGUCUCAGCGACUACACCAAGAGCCGAAUGAACAAGAAGCCAGCCGGCGGACUGAAGACGUCAUUGACGGGACCCGAGGAGACGAAGCCGGCGCUGCAUUCGAUUGUCGGCUCACCGGCGACGGAGAAGAACACGGACGCGCUCACACCCGUCCAGGCCAACGCGGUCAACUCUUUGCCCGCGGUGGCGGCACACAACUCUUUGUAA